AUGUCCACUAUAACUUUUGUUACAGGGAAUGCUAACAAGCUAAGGGAAGUGUUAUACAUUCUUGCUGGUGAAAAUCAAGAAGAUCCCAAGGUGGGUCGUUUCACAAUUACCAACAAGUCGUUAGAUUUAGAUGAAGUACAAGGUUCAAUUGAAGAAGUGGCCAUUCAUAAAGCUAAGCAAGCAGCUGAAAUUAUUGGAGGACCAGUUCUUGUUGAAGACACAUGUUUGGGAUUCAACGCUUUCAAUAACUUACCUGGUCCCUACAUCAAAUGGUUUGUGAAGGCUGUUGGAUUAGAUGGCCUUAAUGAUAUGUUGUACAAAUUCGAAGACAAAUCUGCCAAUGCUAUUUGCACAUUUGGGUAUUGUGCUGGACCUGGUGAAGAAGUAAGGUUAUUUCAAGGAAUCACAGAAGGGAAUAUUGUUGCCAGUAGAGGACAUAAGAACUUUGGUUGGGAUUCUAUAUUUGAACCUAGGGGCUUUAAACAAACUUAUGCAGAAAUGGAUAAAGAAGUUAAGAAUACCAUUUCCCAUAGAUACCGGGCCUUAGAUAAAUUGAGAUCUUUCCUAAUGGAACAAUAG